GCUUUGAGAAGGGACCGUUUCCGGCGCAGAAGGAGCUUGGCGGACUGGAAAGCGCGGGGCAGGUGUUUGCCAUGGCGGCGGCCGUUAUCGUCGCGGCGGCAGCGAGACACCUGAGAGCCUCUUUGUUAGAGACGCGAGUCGUCUGCGGGGCUACAAGAACGACAGUUGGCUGGCGGCGCCAAGAUCUUUCUGGGCCAGGAGGCGGCGGAAGCGAGGUUCCUUCCAGGAAUGCAGAAUCCUUUGCAUCCAUGUUAAGGCGCUCUCCUUUAAUUCAGAUGGGACCUUGCAAAGACAAAAUUGCCAUUGGAGAAAUUUUCCACAUUACAGAAGAUGAUCUGUAUAUAGAUUUUGGUGGCAAAUUUCAUUGUGUAUGCAAGCGACCAGAAGUAGAUGGCGAGAAAUAUCAGAAGGGAUCCAAAGUCCGGCUGAGACUUACUGACCUUGAACUUUCAUCUAGAUUCUUGGGAGCCAAAACAGACACAACUUUACUGGAAGCUGAUGCAGUACUCUUGGGACUUGUGGAAAGCAAAGAAAAUAGACAAAAAUAGCAAAUGCUAUUCCCCCCC